GGAGGAGCUACACACCUACACAGUAUUUACCUUAAACAACGCCUAAAACCCUCAAAACGCCAGCAUCGCCAUGUUUAACCCGUCGCUUCACCUACAGAGACAUCAGUUUGUCGUUGACUUUGUCAUGAAGAACAAACCCAAAAAGGUGGCGGACUUAGGCUGCGGUGAGUGCGGCCUUCUUCGCCAGCUCAAGUUCCGUCGUGAAAUUGACUUGUUGGUCGGGGUUGACAUCAAUGGCGCCAAGUUGACGAGAAAGAAGCACGGAUUAGCUCCGUUAUCUACUGAUUAUCUCCAGCCCAGCUUUAAUCAGCUGUGUGUACAGCUCUACCAGGGCUCCGUAACGCAAAAAGACGCCCGACUCAGAGGAUUUGACCUGCUGACCUGUAUCGAAGUCAUAGAACAUCUGCCUCUUGAUGACUUGGACCCCUUUUCGGAGGUGGUCUUUGGAUAUAUGGCGCCGCAGACCGUGAUCAUCAGCACCCCCAAUUCCGAGUUCAACCCGCUUUUCCCCAGAAUGUCAGGAUUCAGAAACAGCGACCACAAGUUUGAGUGGACCAGAGCGGAGUUCCAGUCCUGGGCUCUGAAAACAUGUUUGGAGUACAGCUUCAAGGUGGAGUUCACCGGUGUAGGAGAAGCACCUACGGGGCGAGACGAAAGCGUCGGCUUCUGCUCCCAAAUCGGUGUGUUUCAUAGGCUCGUGGGCAGAGACGGUCACAUGUCUGGUGAUGAUGCCAACAAUCGUUUUCCGUACACACUGCUUUUUAGCAUAAACUACCCCAGUCUUCAUGACAACAACAUCAGGCAGGCGGCCUUGGUUUCUGAGGUUCUGUAUUGGGCGGAAAAGCUGAAAAAGGAAUGGCUGGACAAGCAGGCAGAAAAACCGGAAGAAGAAAGUUGUGCAGGAGACCGUGUGAGAGCAGGAGGAGAGCAUGAAGGGAUAUGUUGGACAAGUGGUGAUGAACAGGUGUGCCGCACCUUACACAGGCAUGUUUCUGUACCCCUACACAAGCUGUGGGCCCGCUGCCCCAAGUUAGGCGAGCUGACUGCAAAUCUGAGUAAUCUCUCCCAAAUAAUUAUGGAGAAUCCUCAAAUUAAGAUGAAUCAGGAGGGAUCAGCUGUAAUUCUCUGCAAUGUGGAAGAAGAACAUGAAGACGAGGAGCUUUGUGAUCUGAUGGACAGCGGCUAUGUGGACGCCAAAUCCACAGAAGAGCUGUGGGAGACGGAUGGUUAGCCUCCAGGUUUCAGGACCUUUUGGAAUCAAGGUAACUGCUGGAGGAGAUGAAGGCAAGACCAUAAAAGUAAACUGUCAGCAUGAGCAAGUUUUAUUCCCACGUUUCUUUGAAGUUGUCAACAGUGUGAGGUACACGUCGUAAGCGCAACAAGCAAACAUCGACGGAAGGGAAACGGCAAAGACUGGACAGUGUUCAAAACAGCGCAGUACAUCACUUUACAGAAAAAUACAACUUACACUUUAUUAUAGACAACAGCUUCACAGAAGAGAGGAAGCAACCAUGUUUGUAACAACAUGUCCGUUGCCCACGCGAACCUUAAGCGUCACGCGGGUUCCACAAGUGUCCGUAAAACAAAGCAAGAAGGUCUCUUAAAAAAAUACAAUUGGUAGCACAAAAAAUCCUUCACAAACAUUACAACAUAGCGAAAAUGGCACAAUGUUGAAUAUAAUGUAUCAAACAGUGAUAUUUUGGAAGUGUCAAUCAUACCAGACAAAGAUUUGACAGAUUUGAAAUGCACAUCUUUAAAUAUUCUGAAUAAGAUGCCUCACACACAAUAAAAGAUUGGACUUUGUGCAAAUAUGACAAAACAUGCAAAACAUAAAUGCAGAAUAGACACCACACCAAUUUGUGACUUAACCCCAUUUGAUGGUAAAAUCCAGCCUUUGUCGUUCCUAAGAUCCAAAAUUAGACCGGUCUAGAUCUUUAAGUACAGUGUAAGAGUUUUUUUUGGCAUACGGUUGUAGUUCCCUCCCUAGUGGAAACAUGUAAUUAGUUGCAUAAUAAUUACUGUAUAUUGUUAAUGUGCUACUGUUUUUGUUCCCUAUUCAGUCUAUGAAUAUAAAGCUAAUGUAGUGUAUGGAGUCUGGACUAUGGCCUCAUUUCAUCUAUGUAUUUCUUUACAAACAAGA